UAUGCUGCAGCAGCUUCUGCAGUAGUAUUGGUCUGGUUUUGCUGCUCUGCUUACUAUUAUUUCUCUUGUCGUAAAAAUCAAGGGAGAGGGGACUUUAGAGGCAACGGAAGAAGAAUGAUGAAUAACGCUAUUAAAGGAAGGAGUAUGUCACGAUCAAUAUCAAAUGCAAACUACUCAUCCGAUAAGAAGAGGCUCCGGCUAAUCUCACAGGAGAGGGUCCAUGGUAGGAAUGACGUGGAGAAUAGGAAGACGGGAAAGUCAAAGCGGAAGAAUAGAGCAUCGAAACGAAAUUUGAAUAGUUUGGGAAAGGAUACUUCAACAGCGAAGUGCGUGUCGAAUGAAAAAAACAGUUCCGAUAAAAASAACAGCAGUAUGAAAACGAACCGCAAGAAAACCAAUCCUGGCAGAGGCCAGGAUACUGCAUAUCACUGCGUCAAAGGAAAUAGAAACUCGAGGAGCUAUGUGUCGACCAAGCAUGGUGACCUCUUGAAUAUUAAUCCACAAGAAAAAGACGUUUGCUUCAAGGCAAAGUACCACCCGGGGACACAAGCCUUUCUCAAAGCUGUAAAAAAGACAAUCGAGGAGCUUGGUCCAACUUCAUAUUCUCCCAAUGUAUACAAAAACAUAAGACGCCAACUUUCUGGACGUAAAUUCUUUGUGAAGGUCGAAGAAAACGUCGACGAUGACGAAAGCGAUGUUAGUGUCGCCAGGAAAGGCAAUAAAUGGAGAGAAGUCGAGAAGCGAGAGUUAAUCCAGAUAAUCUGGAAAUUUCACGAGGAGGCAAAGAUUGCGAAUGCGAUUAGAAGAUGCAAGUGAAAAACUCAACUAUGAAAUGCGGAAUCCAGCAUGAGAUAGGUAUCUUUAAGAAAUGGGAAAUACCAAGUGUUAUGAACACCCGAUAGUUUUKAAAAUGACUCUGUUUUUCGUUUUAAUCGCGCUUUUUUUCAUCCGCCGGCAUGUGAGCGAUUCAAUGAAAUCAGGAUGAUACUUCAAGUGCCGUCAUUCCAAGCAAUGUUUUUUUACCACUGACUGGCGAUGACAUUCCAACAAGACUCAAUUCAAAUAAUGAUUAAGUCUUCCAGAAAUGAGCGAAAACGUGUUGUUUCAAAUUGUUUGAUUAGCGCCAGUCUAGACAACGGGUGAGUGAUGGUUAUUCCUCGCAAACCCAAAUGUUUAACCCAUACUUCGUCGUCACAACAUUUGCUUUUGAAAUACUUUCAAUGGAAGCGUUUUUGCCGAUGCUUCGGUCGCUCCCAUUCGUAGCCUUUUCAUUCUUGGUAGCAAAUCGAUUGUCAGAGGAAGUGACAUUAGUGGAAUUCAUUUUC